GUAAAAAUUAAAUUUUUAAAAAAGUUUUCAAAAAAAAACACAAGUUCAAAAGAAACAAGAACAAUACACCCGAGUGUAAUAAAAAAUGAAAAAGAUGAUCUAAUAAAUAACCAGAUAAUGAAUCAACCCUUGAGUAAAAUUGAAAAAAUUACAGAUUGGAAAAAUUAUUCACCGAUAGACAAAAUGCAGGCUAUCACUCAUAGGACAAGUACAAUUAAAAAAAAACUAGAAAGAAAUUACGGAAGAUAAGAAAAGGGUCACUCUAGAACUUGAUAUGAACCCUUACAAAAAAAGUUCGAGAUUAGCCUUGUCAAAAAAUUUUUGUCAAAUGUUGAAAAAAAAAAAAAAAUAGAUUAAUAUAUAAAUUUAAUUAUUUUAUAAAAUUAUUUAUUCAAAGAAUAUCUAAUUGUAUUUUUUUAUAUACUAUAUCUAUUUGCCAAAUGACUCAAAAAGUCUUUGUGGAAUCAACAAAAAUGAACUCUCUUUCAAAUUCAAAUAUAAAAACGCAUAAUAAUAAGCUUUAUAAGGAAAAUUCAGAGAGUUUUGGUGAUUUAUCCAACUUGUCACAAGCAUAUGUAUUGUACAAAAUAUCAGAAAGGGGUUUUUUGAACGUACGUAAUUUCAUAUCUGUUCUUCAACAAAAUGGAACAUCUUUCUUGAUUAAAAAGAAAAUAAAAGACUCAUUUCAUACACAAGGAAUACUUCCAUCUGAAGGAAUAAAAAAACAACUUAAGCGGCCUAGAACGAGUCAAUGGAAAUUUUGGUUAAAAGGGAAUUCUCACUACGAUUUAUCUCCUAAUUUCUGGUCUGCCUUAAGAUCACAAAAACAAAAAUGGAGAAAUAGGGCGAAUCGCUAUCGUAGGUCUAAACAAAAAUAUUUAGACAAAAGGACUUCCGGUAAAAAAUUAAAAUUAAAUACUUACAGGAAACAAAAGGAUGCUAACUCAGUCUUGAAUAAAAAAACAAAAGAUAAUUUAAAAAAAUGCUAUCGAUAUGAUCUUUUAGCAUAUCAAUACAUUCAGUAUGAAAAAAAUAGUGGAACCCCUCCAGGAGCUAAACGGGAAGCAAUUUCUUAUCAUUACAAGAUGUCACAAAACAACUUGUUUGCGAUAACGAAAAAUAUUCCUAUCACUAGUUUCAGAGGAAAAAUAGAAAGGUUAAAUAUUCCAUAUCCAAAAAAAGAUGUCGAUAGAAAAUAUUUGAAUUGGAAAAAUAUUGAUUUUUCUCUUAAAAAAAAAGCGAAUAUUGAGUCCUGGAUCACGUGGUAAUUAUAACAAUACUCAAAAUACUCCAAUUUUCACUUACAAUUAUCAAUUAAUUGAUAAAAUGGAAGAAAUUUUGAAAAUUGAGCAAAUUUUUAAAAACGAAAAAGAUCCUUUUGCUCUUUUGAUUCAGAAAAAUACCGAAAUGAAUCGACUCCAUUCUAGAAAUUCUUUAUUGGAUUGGAUGGGACUGAAUGAAGAAAUACUCGACCGUCCAUUAACGGCUGAGGAACUUUUGGUUUUCCCAGAAUUUGUGUGGUUUGUUAAUUUAUAUAAACUGAAACCAUGGAUUAUACCAAGCGAAUCACUUAUUUCAAAUUUGAAUCUUAAUGAAAUGACAAGUCAAAAGACCGGUAAAACUCAGAAAGAUAAAAAAGAUAAAAACUGAGAGUAAAAAAAAAGAUAAAGCCGAGGGUCAAACCAAAAGUGAACCUGAGGGUCAAACCAAAGGUGAAACUCAGGGUGAAACCAAAGGUAAACCUGAAGGUGAAACCAAAGGUAAACCUGAAGGUGAAACCAAAGGUAAACCUGAAGGUGAAACCAAAGGCGAAACUGAAGGUGAAACUGAAGGUGAAAAGAAAAGUCAAACUGAGAUAGAACUAGAGUUAUUCAUGAAAAACUAUUUAUUUUUUCAAUUUAGAGAGGAUUUUACUUUAAAUCAAGGCCUUUUCCAAGAUCUCCAAAUCUAUUGUCUCUUGCUUAGAAUGAUAAAUCGAAAAAAAAUGAUGCUAUCAUGGAUUCUAAGGGAAAAGUUAAAUUUGGGUCUAAUGCCACAGAUGGAUCAGAAAGAGAGUGUUCCAGAUUCAAAAAGAAAUGUUCCAGAUUCAAAAGAGAGUGUUCCAGAUUCAAAAGAGAGUGUUCCAGAAUUUUUAAAAAAGACGGGAUUUUUGGUCGACCCCCUUCCGGUCUAUCAAACCAAAUGGAGAAUUUCUUAUGUAUGAAACGAUAGUUAUUUCGUUGGUUCAUAAGAGUAAACAAAUUCUUAAUAAAGAAGACGUAAAACAAAGAAUAAUUCGCGCUCGAGAGAACAAUAAUUGUGAUCCGC